AUGCAAAGGCUUGACAUCGGUCGGGUGGUCUGGCGCGAUGGCAGCGUGCGUAGCCUUUUGUUCCUCAUUUUUCUGGUGGGCGCUGUGCUCCCUGGUUCGAUCUACGCCGUAUAUGCACUUGAGUUCCACCCCUUGGCCAAGUAUCCAGGACCAUUGCUCGGGCGACUGACUCAGUGCUACGAUCUCUAUCAUGCCUUCCACGGCGACAAGCAUGUGUUGCUCUACCGCCUUCACCAGAAAUACGGCCCAAUCGUCAGGUUCUCGCCGAACACGAUAUCAAUCAAUGAUCCAGUGGCGCUGAAACCGAUAUAUGCGCAUGGUGCCAAUGUUAAGAAGUCCAUCUUCUACGAAUGCUUCCGAGCCGCACCACAAGCCAUCAGCACGUUGCUGGCUACAAACAAGACACACCAUGCCAGGAAGAGACGGGUCAUGGCACAAGCCUUCUCAGCUGAGGCAUUGCGAGGGCUCGAGCAGUAUGUAUUGGGUCGUAUCGAGGACUUGGUCGAGAGGAUGAAUAUCUUGCUCGACCAGACGCAAGCUGAGAAGAGCCAGAGUACUGUGACGCUCAACAUGGCCAGCUAUCUGAACUAUUUGGUGUUCGACAUCAUGGGCGAGCUGGUAUUUGGUAAAUCGUUCGGUACGCUCGGAGAUGAGCCAGAAAAUAGAGCCGCUAUCCGUCUGCUUGGACGAGCUGCCAGGCGCAACUAUACUGUUGCGGCAAUGCCGGCCUUGGCACAGUACGGGAUCGAGAAGUAUCUACCGUUCCUUCGAGGCCUAUACCAUGAUCGAGCAAAGUACCUAGCAUUCGGCAAAGGACAAAACGGCCUCGGUGAAAGCGGAAGACGAGAUAUCUUCUCCUAUCUGCUGCAUGCCCAGCAGCAGGAUCCCGAGACCGGUACGGGUAUCCCGAUGCCAGGAUUGUUCAUGGAGGGUAACACGCUCAUCGUAGCUGGCAGCGACACCUCCAGCACAACAAUGUCUGCCGUGAUGUUUUACCUGCUCACGAAAGCAGACGCGAUGAGUCGCCUGAAACAUGAAGUCCUCAGCACUUUCCAGAACGUCGAAGAGAUCUGCAAGGGCCCGAAGAUGCAGGCGUGCUCCUGGCUCCGGGCGUGUAUCGAUGAGGCAAUGCGCAUGUCUCCUGCAGUGGCCGGUCUGCUCCCGCGCGAAGUCAUGGAAGGCGGCUUCGGUGUUUCUGAGUUGGACCUGUUCUUCCCAGCUGGUGUACAAGUUGUUGUCGAGAUUACCCGGCGGCAGAGAUGA